ACAAGCACUUGGACUUUCUGAUUAUAACGUCGUGAUUUGUUUCAAUGCCAGAAACGGCAACUUUUUUUGAAUGAUUUGGAACUGAAAUCAUUCAAAAAUUCAUGUGAAUGAAGGGGAGGGAAGGUGCUGAAAUCGGUUGCAAUUUCCGCCAUGCCAUUGCGGCGCAGUCGCUGGAUCAACCGCAUGGCGGAACCGGCGCCCGUUGCAGCAGGCGGGAGGCGGUCGAGAAGACCUACCAAACCGGUACGAACCCGACAUCUCAGCCGGUUGCAGGUCGCGAGGCGUCGUUGCUGGCUCCGUGCGUGGGAAUUGAAGGGAGACCAGGCCGUCCGUCCAUCCGUCCAUCCGUCAGUCGGUUGGCGUUGCGACUCGAUGCGGGAACUUUGAAUUGGGCAGGUGGAGGAGGAGACAACGGGGUGGGGAGUUCAAGACGUUUGGGGCGUAACUCGGAGUUGUUAGGUUUGUGCCACAUGGAGCUCUCGUUCGUCGGUUCGGCCUCGACCGAGUCCAGAGGCCCGCCCGAGGGGGCCGUCUGUCAGGAACAAUAACGCCGCUCGAUCUGGGACUCGAAGCCUGACAGCUUUGACAUGCAAGCGGCUUGUGCGAGAAAUCGAGCCAUGACGACGUCCCGAUCGCAGUCUCGAUUCGAAGCCCCGGAAGACUCGAGACCCCGCCCGUGGCCGUGUACGAGCGCCACGAGAGAUCGACGCCUUCUUCUGAGGUGCGAGGAUCUCGUAACCUCCCUCGCUUUCUAGGGGCAGCCAGACAGCUCUUCGUUGAGCCCGUGAAGGAAUUCACGGGCCUUCGAUUUGUCGACCACGACCCAAACAAUUAUGUGGGCAG